CUAGCUCUGCUACUUGCAGAAGAGGAAUUACAUGAGUUGCGUGAACUAUCUGAGAAGAAGCAACAGUUACUGAAAACACUGGAAUCUAAUCAGAAAGAGCUACAAGAAAUUCAAGAACUUGCAACUAUCCAACCUGGCAGUGUCACUGAGCAUAAGCUGCAGGAAUUAACAGAGCAAAGAAGAUGUUUGACCAUAGAUCUGGAGGCAACUCUAGAUGGUAUACAAAAUGUAUGUCGUCGGGCUUCAGACAGAACUACAUUUAUACGUCCUUCUGAAAAGGAAUUAUAUGAUUUACAUGAACUAUCUGAGAAGAAGCAACAGUUACUUGAAACAUUGGAGUCUAAUUGGAGAGAGCUACAAGAAGUUCAGGAACUUGCAGCUACCCAACCAAGUGAUGCCACUGCACAUAAGCUGCAGGAGUUAACUGAGCAAAGAAGAUGUUUGAGCACUAAUCUGGAGGCAACUUUAGUUGAUAUACAAAAUGUAUGUUGUCGUGCUUCAGAAAGAACUACAUUUAUACCACCUUCUGAAAAGGAAGUACAUGAGUUGCAUGAACUGUCUGUGAAGAAGCAACAGUUACUGGAAGCACUAGAAUCUAAUCAGAAAGAGCUACAAGAAAUUCAGGAAAUUGCAGCUACUCAACCAGGCAGCGUCAGUGAGCAUAAGCUGCAGAAGUUAACUGACCAAAGAAGACAUUUGACCAUAGAUCUGGAGGCAACCCUAAAUGGUAUACGAAAUAUAUGUCGUCGUGGUUCAGAAAGAAUUACAUUUAUACAACUUUCUGAAAAGGAAUUACAUGAGUUGCAUGAAUUGUCUGACAAAAAGCAUCAGUUACUAGAAACACUGGAAUCUAAUCAGAAAGAGCUACAAGAAAUUCAGGAACUUGUGUCUACCCAACCAAGCAGUGUCAGUGAGCUUAAGUUGCAGGGAUUAACUAAGCAAAGAAGACAGUUGUCUAUAGAUCUAGAGGCAACUCUAGAUGCUAUGCAAAAUGUAUGUCAUCGUGCUUCAGAAAGAAUUACAUUUAUACAACCUUCUGAAAAAGAAUUACGUGGGUUGCGUAGACUAUCUGAGAAGAAGCAGCAGUUACUGGAAUCACUGGAAUCUAAUUGGAAAGAACUACAAGAAAUUCAGGAACUUGCGGCUACCCAACCAGACAGUGUCAGUG